UGGCUGCACCCGCUGAUGGCUGCCCCGCGCUGGCACCCGCUGCUGCUGGUGCUGGCGGGCCCGGCGGCGGCCGGGGACCCCGCGGUGGCCCGCAGCGACCGGGCGGUGGCCGCGCUGCUGGCGCUGCUGCUGUGCCUGGCGGUGGGGCUGGCGCUGGCCUGGCACCACCUGUGCCGCAUCUCGGCCGGCCGCUACCACCCCCGGCCCCUGGGCCGCCGGGCGCUGCAGCUGCUGCGGGGACAGUGGCACCGGCUGCGGGCACCGGGGGACCCCGCCGCGGCCCCCGGCGACAGCGACAGCCACGGGGAGGUGGCCGUGCGGGACGAGCAGGAAGAGCUGAUGCCCUGGAGCCUGGAGCGGCGGCCGCAGCAGCAGGAGGAGGAGGAGGAGGAGGAUGAGCAGGAGGAGGAUGAGGAGGAGGCCGAAGCACUGCCGGAGGGCGGGGAGAGCCCCCUGAGCGAGGGGCAGGCGGCGGGGGGCAGCGCCGAGGCCCUGCUCAGUGACCUGCACGCCUUCUCGGGGACAGCGGCCUGGGGGGACACGCGGCCACAUGUCACCGCCCUGUGACGUCACCGUCCUGACGUCACCACCCUUUGAUGUCAUCACCCUGAAGUGUCACCUCCCUGUAAUGUCACCUCCCUGUAAUGGCACCACCCUGUAAUGGCACCACCCUGAAGUGUCACUGCCCUGUAAUGUCACAGCCCUGUAGUGUCACCACCUUGUAAUGUCACCUCCCUGUAAUGGCACCUCUCUGUAAUGGCACCUCCCUGUAAUGGCACUGCCCUGCAGUGUCACCUGCCUGUAAUGUCACUGCCCUGCAGUGUCACCUCCCCGUAGUGUCACCGCCCUGCCAGCAAAGGGACCCCUUCUCUGUCCCCUGCCAUCCCCCGCCGAGGCUCCUGAUUGGCUGCAGGGGCCUUGCGCGGGUUUGCACUGACCAAUAAAAGAGCAGCUCUGGGGGCAGAGCAGA